GGCUGUUUCAGUUUCAGUUUUUCCUCGUGUACAUUGAGACGAUCUAGCGAAGCGGUACACGUCCCCGCUUUCUGUCUGUCUGUCCGUGUGAACUUGUGGAGCUGACCGCAGUACGCUUUUGGUUAUGGUGUCAAGUUUCGUCGAGGGUGCGUUGCCGAAAAUGAUAAGGCUUUACUGUGAGGAAUUUCUCUAGAAGAUUUUCUGGAGUCGCGUGGCUUUGCGAUACGCGAUCGGUUUCCCAUGUGCUGCCCGUAAGGGGUGUGGAACGCGUGGUGUGCACCAAGACCUUGAGUUUAAAGUUCUGAACCCUGGUACUUGAACUCCGCGGGUGGGUAAAGAGGAGCAGAGUGUAGGCAGUACAGGAGAGACAUGUGGUAGCAUAGCGAAGAGUGCCAGGAUACAGUGAAGUGCUUGUUUUGGUGUGGUAUUUCAAUCAGGUGGUUGAUUUUACUGAAGACUAGCUGAACUCGAUAUCAGAUAAAAUGCUGGACGUGUCAUCGUUUUGUACGCGCAUGGUCGAAGCCGGUGAUGUAAUCGUGAAAGUUAAUGGGACCGACGUCCACGGAUUCACCACCAAAGACGUGCUGAAAUGCCUCCGACUUUCGACGGAUCCAGUUACGCUAGAGCUGAAAAGAGAUCCCAAAAUCAAAGCUCACGUCCGGAAGUACUUGGCUUCGAUCAGCAACCAACAUCCGCACUCAGACGGGCACCAGUUACAAAAUUCCAACCCGUCUUCGCCGACUCACCACCGUCACUCGCCGGCUUCGCCCCUGUCCGAACGUGGUCCGAGUCGAAUCCAGCCACCGAGUGGCGGCACACCGGGCCGGUUCGGCCAUCGUGUCAGCUCGUCCGACCCGCCAUGUCGGCCCUCGCGGAUACCACAAGCCGUACUGGCGAAAAAUUCCUGGAGUGCACCGCAGUCGCCGCAUGGCAUCAAACCGCCCCGCCAAUCGUUGAUACCGACUGUUAACGGGACAUCUCAAAGCCAUCAGCAUCAGUAUUCGAAUUCAUCUUCGCCGUUCUUCAGGCAGGAACAGCAACCAUCGCAACAGCAGCAACCACCAAAAAAAGGCUUCGAGGCAUUCAUGAUGACCGGUGAUCUGAUUCUGAAUCUCUCACGGACACCACAGAGUUCAGGAAUACUGCCACAAGCAAAGAAGAUUGACAGUUUACGAGAUUCACCAAGUCACCGGGCCAGUACGAAGCGGAAAAACGGGGCGGUCGCUCCGCAUGCCAAGUGCGACUCAUCGCCGUCUCCGCCGAGCAGUAGUAGUAAUAGCUAUUCGGAGAACAACGACAACAGCAAGCAGCGUAGUUUGCCACAGGAUCAUUCAUCCAAGAAGAGUCGGAGUCAAGAAGGGGGGCAGCAAGAUCACACCGAUCAGAACACGGGUAGUUCCAUUGAGUCGAUAGUGAACAGCAGUAGCAAGAAGCUGAGUGGUAACGGCAGCAAUCACAACAAUAAUCAUAACAAUAAUCGGUUUAUGGAAGAAGAGGAAGAGGAGGGUGGGUUAGUGAAUUCAAAACAUAGCAGCAGUGAAGCAGCUGGAACGGGUAGUGCGCAUACCGGAAGAACUAUCGGUAGCAAUAGCAAUAGCGCGGGAAGUAGUGUAGACGCAGCGGACGAGGAGGAGGAGAACGCUGACGAUCUGAUCGAUCUAAGAAGCAACCGAACAAACACUAGUGGCUGUGUGUCGUCUUCGUUGCUCGGGGAACGGAAUUCUGCCAGGCGGGACGUUCGCCCCGGGCAGGACGGCAGUAAUAAUAGUGUCACUGUUCAGCCAGGUAAUUCCGUAGGAAGUGAUAGCGUUGACAGCAGUAGUGCGGCGGCGACCAACGGUGAUCUACGCCAUUACCACUCGAAGGAACGCAGUAAAUCUUCCUCAUCAGCAGCUUCCUCCGGUGGUGGAACCACUGUCAAGAGUGAAAGUUCACCGGAAAUGAGCUACUCUGUGCCAACAUCGCCGACGUCACUGUCGGCAGCUCCGAUCCUGGAGGGUUACACAUCCUCACUCAAGAAGAAGGAUCUACUGCUAGCAAACUCAGUGCCGACUAGUCCGGAAUCCGGAACGCAGGAAAUCGUUCGCCGUAGUGGUAGCGGUAACCAUCACCAUCAUCCUCAUCACCAUCACCACCACCACCAUCAUAAUUAUAGUAGCAACAAUCAAUCCUCCAAUAGUGGUGGAGGUGCCGGUGCUGGUCCUGUUGGACAUAGUUCCAGUCUCAUGAGUGCCAGUAUCAGCGGUGGCGGUGGCGGUGGUGGUGGUGGAAGCGGUGGAAGUGCAGGCGGUGGCGUGGUACGCAAAUGCGACGCCGCCGGAUUCCGUACCAGCAGAUCGGAGGAUCACCUGCAGCAAACGCAACGGGACGGAGGAAUCGGAGCAUUGGUGCCAAUCGAAAUCGACGAGGAUGUUAACAGUUCGCUUAACACGCUACUCGAUACGCGGCAUGACUCGGAGGAAUCCCAGGGUCCCGACCACGAUCGGAUAGUGUGGACGUACAAUGCACCGGUUUUGCAAAGCAAUGGUGGUGCCGCAGCCGGCAUGGUUACCUCUCCGAUUUCCCACUCCAGUUCGAUGAGUUCCUCGCCGCAGCGGUCAGCCAGCGAUAGUCCUGCUUCGCCCACGUCCGUGUCUUCGUCUGUGAUGUCUUCGUCGGGCGGUUCCAAAGGUGCCAAUGAUCAUACCCACAAUGGGUACAGCAACAGUGGCUUCGACGGUGGCCGAGGCGGAAGUGGUACCCACAGUAAUCUGCAAAGCCUCAGCUGCCCGAACGGAAGCGGGCCUGGGGGAGGUGGCGGUAUGGAUCAAAGCGUAUCGGAGGCGGUAUCGAACAUUUCUAGCCCGGACUAUCAGGAUGAGCAUGAUUUGCUCAGUACGCGGGAUCUGGCCGCGAUGGCCAUCAGCGAUCCCAGUGAUUCCGAUUCAACGAUAUUGGUUUCGGAGACAACGCAUCGAGUGCACGAUCGAGAUCGUGACCGUGAUCAUAAGAUUGUGAUACAGGUUAAGGGAAUGCAGCAACAGCAACAACAGCUACAACAGCAAAUGUAUAAUCAGCAUCAUGAAGGUAUGCGCUAUUCCGAACUAAGAGAUUCGGAAGACGAGUUGGUAACGUUGAACGAAGAUACGCCUACAAUUUUCUUCGGUCAAGAUGGGCAAUAUAUGCACGGAGGUCGGGAGUCUUCGCCGCCGGUAUCAGACGAUGGUAGCGAUGUGGAUUCGCUACAUUCAUUCCACUACUCGCCAAAAGCAGUAGAUCUUCCAUCUGCCGAGCGUCUUGCAAAACGCCUGUACUACCUAGAGGGAUUUAAAAAGAGCGAUGUCUCACGACACCUGAGCAAAAACAACGAUUUCAGUCGUGCCGUGGCCGAUGAAUACCUAAAGUUUUUCCUGUUCGAGCGGUUAACACUCGAUGAAGCUCUGAGGUUGUUCCUGAAGCAGUUUUCCCUCUCGGGAGAAACUCAAGAACGCGAACGGGUGCUAGUACAUUUCUCCAAGCGUUAUCUCGACUGCAAUACGGGAUCUUUCAAUUCACAAGAUGCCGUUCAUACGCUUACAUGUGCAAUCAUGCUACUCAACACGGACCUGCACGGCCCGAACAUUGGCCGGAAGAUGACAUGCUCGGAGUUUAUCGAAAAUCUGAGCGAACUGAACGACGGUGAGAACUUCCCGAAGGAUAUUCUCAAGCAGCUGUACCAGGCAAUCAAAACGCAGCCUUUGGAGUGGGCAUUGGAUGAUGAUUCACCCGAUCAGCAGAAGCUCGGAGGUGGCCGAAAUGACGGCACUAUGGGAGGAAACGGUGGUGGAACUGGUGGAAGCCUGCAAGGGCCUCCAGUGGGACCUAAUCCUUUCCUGGAUCCUCCGCAACCGGCUGCGAUCGAAUACAAGAAGGGCUACGUAAUGCGCAAGUGUUGCUACGACACAAACUACAAGAAAAGUUGUUGUGCUUUUUUUACAGCCCCGUUCGGGAAGCGUUCGUGGAAAAUGUUCUACUGUACGCUUCGAGAUCUCGUGUUGUAUCUGCACAAAGACGAGCACGGUUUCCGCAAAAACCAAAUGUCGGACAAUGUCCACAAUGCGAUUCGCAUCCACCAUGCCCUGGCGACGAAGGCCAGCGAUUACACCAAAAAACAGCACGUUUUCCGAUUGCAAACGGCUGACCAGUCCGAGUACCUAUUCCAAACGAGCGACUCCAAGGAGCUGCAGUCGUGGAUCGAUACAAUUAAUUUUGUUUGCGCGUCGUUCUCGGCGCCACCGCUAGAAGGAGGUGUUGGUAGUCAAAAGCGCUUCCAGCGGCCGCUGCUUCCCUGCACCCACACGAAGUUGUUACUGCGAGAACAACUGGCUUCGCACGAAGAUCAAGUCAAUAAACUGGAGAACCUGCUGGCCGAACACAAGCGGUCAACCAUUCCAACCAAGGGACUAGCGUUGCAAAACUACAAAGAAAAGGAGGCUUAUCUGCUCUAUGAGUUGAAGCGCUACAAAACGUACUAUUAUCUGUUAAGUUCUCGGAUGAACUCCGAUCAGUCGCUGGAUUUAGAAAAUCUACUUACCCUGGGCGAAAGUGGUGUUUUGUUGGAAUCGGACGAAAUCCUCCAACGAAACCGACAAAAUUCGGAAGGUAGUGGUUUUGGAAGCGCAGGCGCCAACCAAACCAUCAUCCAGCAGCAACCACUGGGACAGCAGAGCCAACUCGGUGGAGAAAGUGCAAACAUGACCAUGGUUAACAACGCAGUUACCACCACGACGGCGACGGCGACGACGCUGACGACGGCGGCGACGACGACGGUGACGACUGGUGUCAGCGCCUCCAACAGGUACAGUUAUCGGGCAGCAAUCUAUCGGUCCGAGGAGUGAUAGUAGACAAUAUAAAACCUGAGACGACCCUCUGUACAUCACAACUGCCUUUUACCACUACCACGAUCAUGACCACCAAAUCAACCAUCACCAUCAUCUAGAACCCUUGAGUCCCGGCAGCUCGGAACCGAACCGGGAUCCGUUCGGUUCCACCGCCGCUAACGCCAGCUGUUGCUCGACCGUACUGGCCGCCGUGACUUCUACCCUACGAUCCCUAUCCUACUUCCUGGUCCCACAAAAUGUAUCCAUCUCAACAGUGGAUAGUAGUUCGAGAGAGAACGCUCCUACUAACACCACUGCAGUCAAAUCACCCUAUGGUCAAAAUGUGUGAGUAUAUUUGAAAGAGUGCUCCUCAUACAGCAAAUGUCCCCCUUAGAACGCGCUCGUUGUAUUUUAUGUUGUACAUAUUCGAAUUGUUGUAUAUGUUUAUAUUCUCCCGUAUUGUCGAAUCCAUAAGGCUUCCCAAGAAUCCCUUGAUUUCCUGAUCGGCGCUCGAACUAAGAGCCGUUCGAGAUUUGUCUCUUUUGAUGAAUGCCCUCUUUGCUCUUACACUUUUUUGUUGUAAACGACCUUUAAACGAGAUUUCAAAAUACGGCGCUUUAUUCCUUGAUCGAUGAUAUACAUAUAUUAUACAUAACAUUAUAUAGACUAAGUGCGAGAAAAAACACACACAUAUACCUUCUGGAGGACGUGCGUGAGAAAGGGAGAGUGUGUGAGUGAAUAUGAGAAACUUUCAUUACAUACUUCUUAGAAUACCAUACGGUUGCAAUGAACGCUAAAAAUGAGAGAAAAUAGAUUUGUCAUGAACAAUGUAUAUUUUACCAUUAAACUGAGAGUAAACAUAGUUAAAAAAAAGUGGCAUUUUUAUGCAUCAACAACAACAACAACAACAAACGAAAAAAAAACCCAACAUAGACAACAGUAAUGCAUGUUUCCUCCUACGUAGGCGGAUGAAUCCCUUUGUAUCGAGACAAAUCUUUCAAUAGUUAGCUGAAAAUCCUUAUACGGAAACGUCUUCAAGGCUAUGCACUUUGUGCGGAAGACGAAAAUAAACAAUAUGAAACAAGUGCUGCCAACUGUUGGGCGCCAAACUUAUCAUGCCAACAUUAUUUCACAUAAUAAAAGAAAAGCAUGUACAGAAAGCCUAUUAUGAAUUCGCAACUGUGUAGUGUUUGCUUUUCAAAAUGAACGUGUAGCCUGAAACACAAGCCUAGCAAUGCGAGGCCUACAUUAGCACUGUUGAUUCGCUCAAUUUGGCGCCAUUUCUAUGUGUAUAUGGAAUAAACACUUCGAUGCCUAAUAAGUUUGGGAUUUACUGGCAUACAUAUGUAUCCAAUAAGGCAUACACACACACCGCCUGUGACAAUGCAAGAACCAUCACGUGUCGAAAUUUCUCUCAAUAUUUAUUAUCAGACAAAAAGUAACGUUAGAAAUUUGCAUGUGACAGUUCAUUCAAAAAAUACUUUACGAUGUGUAUAGAAAUCAUAACUUAUAGACACCUUCAACUGAAAGUAACUCAAAAUUAAAGAGAAAUAUAAACAGAUAACGUUGAAUUGUUUUUAUAUUAUUCAUAUACUUAAAAAUAAUCGUCUUCAAAUAACAAUGAAAAAAAAGAACAACUCCUUUCGUAAGGUUUUAAACAACAGAAAAUCACACUGCAGAUUUGUACCCAUACACACAUACACCCGUUACAUUUCGGUUAAGUCGUAAUCGCAGCUGAAACAUAUUAGAACGUAAACAAAUGGAAAUUCCUGUAUACCUACAUCUACGCAUGGUGUGCAACAAGUGAAACAAGGAAUCUAUAUUAAACACUGGGAGACUGUCUGACCAACUCCUUUUAAAGGAUGUGCUUGAGAGAAACCGAUAACUAUUUCUUCACCACAUGAUGAUUUAAAUAUAUACACGUAAAUCUACCAAUUACAACACGUUCAAAUCUAACAAAUUUGGAAAGGAAAUAAAAA